AUGGCCUCUCACCAUGUGAUCACAGUCCAGCCCCAGUUUUUGACUGCCCCGCAGACGGGCGAGUGGCUGUCGGGGCUGCUGGACUGCUGCUCUGACUGCGGCGUGUGUAUUUGCGGAGCCUUCUGCUUUCCCUGCCUCUCCUGCCAAGUGGCCGGGGACAUGAACGAGUGCUGCCUGUGCGGGGCCAGCGUGGCCAUGAGGACCCUCUACCGCACCAGAUACAACAUCCCGGGCUCCAUUCUGGGUGAUUUCACCUCCACCAUGUGCUGCCCCCUGUGCGCGCUGUGCCAGCUGAAGAGAGACAUCAACCGGAGGAAGGAGCUGGGCAUAUUCUGGUAA